UUUGUUUCAAAUCUGUCUAAAUUACAAAAACGCUUUCAAAACUUAAAGAAAGCUUCCAGUGAUACAGAUUAGAAAAACAACUUGUGCAAUUUUCAAAACUUCUAUUUUAUCAUUUCGACAUGCCGAAAAACAAAGGUGGCGGUGGUGGUGGUGGAAAAGGUGCAAAAAGUAAAGGGGCAGAGGGUGGUGGAGAUUCUCAACAGAAACAAGCUAAAGGAGGAACAGCAGUUAAAGUUCGUCACAUUUUAUGCGAGAAACAAUCCAAAGCACUAGAGGCAAUAGAAAAAUUAAAAAGUGGAAUGAAAUUUAAUGAAGUUGCUGCUCAAUACAGCGAGGACAAAGCUCGGUCUGGUGGUGACCUUGGCUGGAUGACAAGAGGAAGUAUGGUUGGACCUUUCCAAGAAGCAGCAUUUGCCUUACAGAAUAGCACAACUAACAGUCCCAUAUACACUGAUCCUCCUGUGAAAACUAAAUUUGGAUAUCAUGUAAUAAUGGUGGAAGGAAAAAAAUGAUCAUUUGUGUUUUGAACAUAUACAGAUUUUAACCAUUUCAUGCAAAGUGUUUCACAUUGUUUUAGAUUAUCAUAUUUAAAAAAUUGGUCAUUAAUUUGCGUCUUUGCGAGUUAAUCAUAAUUUUGUUUAAGUUAUGUUAUGGCAAUUGGUGUUUAUAUGAUAUAACUGUCUUAAAAAUGAAAAAGGUUUUUGUUUUACAUUUGUCCAUUCAUUUUUAUUUGUCCGUUUUUAAAAUAGAACUUUUUAUGUACAAUUUUGUAUAUCAAAGAAUACAUCUAUUUGUGUUAGGACCAAAGAAGUUACAGUCAAGGCAAUCUCAACACAGAAAAAGAUUGAUAAAGAAAAAAGUCCUGUUUUGUAAAACAAAAACAAAAAUGUCUCUAUAAAUUAUUUUUCCAUGCUACUAGUUUAUAUUAUAAAAUUUGCUAACUAUGUUUUCAAUUGAAAUACAAUGAUGAUCUUUUAUAGCUGU